AAAGAACAACCGACAAAUGAUGAGGCGGAUGAUGAGAUCGACCCACUGGAUGCAUUCAUGUCUGAGGUCAACAAGGAAGUCCGAGCAACGAAGUAUGGCUCUGAUCAGGGUGCUGAUGGCAAAGCUCGAAUUGUAGUGAUCAAUUCCGAUUCGAAUCUUGAAUCCAAAAAAGGCGAAAUUAUUGAAGCGGAAGAUGAAACUGAGGAAUUCUAUUGGAUCGGAAUCUAUGUCAUUUAA